AUGAGGAUCUCCAAAGCAAAUAAAGGGAACACGCCUUGGAACAAAGGCAAGAAGCAUAGUCCAGAAACCCUACAGCUGAUUAGAAAGAGAACCAGGAUUGCAAUGCAGGAUCCUAAGCCGCCGACUCCUCUAAGACUGCCUCCGUCAUGGGUCGUAUACACAACCGAUGUACCGUACAAGAGGAUUCCACCAAGCUGGCUCAAGAUAUCUUCUCAGGAUGUGGAAGACAAUAUCUGUAAGUUUGCCAAGAAGGGGUUAACACCUUCUCAAAUUGGUGUUAUUCUUCGUGAUUCUCAUGGAAUUGCACAGGUGAAGAGUGUCACUGGCAGUAAGAUUUUGAGGAUACUCAAGGGCCAUGGACUUGCUCCUGAGAUACCUGAGGACUUGUACCACCUCAUUAAGAAAGCUGUUGCAAUUCGCAAGCAUCUUGAGAAGAACAAGAAGGACAAAGAUGCCAAGUUCCGGUUGAUUCUUGUUGAAAGCAGAAUUCACAGGCUUGCUUGCUACUACAAAAAGACAAAGAAGCUUCCACCUGUCUGGAAAUAUGAAUCUACCACUGCAAGCACACUUGUUGCCUGA